AUGUCCCUGAGAAAAGUGCGAAAAGACGAUGGUAAUCGUACCUUGAGAACACGACGCCAACUAAAAUUAAAAAAUACCGAUGAGUCUGAUGUCAUUGAAGGCACGCCGCAAUUAAAUGAAACUAAGCGACCUGGAAGAAAACCUAGAGGAAAAAAAACUGCUGAAACAGCUGAUGAUUCUGUAAAUGUAUCUGUGGCAAUCAGCAGUAGAAAAAGAACAAGAAAAGAUAAAGAUGAUAAUGUUACUUUGUUAACUGAAGAUUCUAUUUUAACUGAUCAGACUCUCACAAAAGCACCGGUUUCAGCUAAAAAAACACGCGGCCGUAAACGUGCUGUGCCUGAAAAAGCUGAUGGUGACACUGAUGAUGAUAAAAAAGUUGAUGAUGCAGUAGAUAACGGGCGUGAAGCGGAAAAUGUUAGUAGCAUUGGUACUAAAGUUACACUUGAUAACGACCAAGAAGAAAAGUCGAAGGAAGAUGUUGAGGUUAAGGCGAUAUCUAAACGAGGUAGAAAACAAGCUGCAACACCAAUAAAUCCUCGAACUCGUCAGCUUAGAAGCCGUAAUGUUAAUUCACCAACUACGGUCGUCACUCCCGAAAGUAGCCCAAUUACUGUUCAUCUUACUCCUCAUCGUGCGACAAAAACACCUAGAAAAUCACCUGUUAAUAUUGGAUCACCAAAAACACAUACGCUUAGUCCUCAACGAUUGUCUAAGACUCCUCGGAAGCUAUCAAUCAUUAAUGAUUCUCCAAUUUCAUCAGAUUUAUCAUCAAACCUUGGAACAUCUCAUACUGAUUUAUCAAAGAGUUUAUCUUCUCGUAAGUCUGCAAAAUCGACUAAAUCUCCUAGAGUUUCUUUAAAGUCACCAAAAUCACCUAGGGUGCUAUUAAAAUCACCAAAAGCUCUCAGAGUUUCUUUGCGGUCUCCAAAAUCUCCAAUGAAUUCUUUGAAAUCUCCAGGAACUCCUUUAAAGUCUCCAAAAUCACCGAAAUCCCCUGGAAAAUCUUUUAAGUCUCCAAAAUCACCUAAAAUUAAUCAAAAGUCAAAAAGUCCUCGUGUACUUGCAACUAAAAUAAUAAAAUCACCAAAAAAUGGUCCAGCUACGCCAGUUAAAUCUCCUUCUCCAAACAAAUCACCAAGUAAUCAACCAUUAAUUGAGUCUCAAAAGAUCAAUGAUAAAGUUCGGUCUCCACAAUUGGUUCUUCGGAAAUUAUCACCUCGUAAGACACUAGAAAAUGUUUUAGAAACACCAAUUUCCAACAGCAGCAUAUUAGAGAACUUGCCUGAAAAACCCGCUAGUCCUCGACAAGCGAAGCCGACAGCAUUUAAACGUUUAUCUAUUACAACUUCAGGAACACCGUUGAGACCCAUUCCGACUCCUAAACACAACGACUCCAAAAAAUCAGCUCACAAAUCUUUUGUCGGUGACACAAAUACACCUUUAACUUUGUUUGCAAUGAAACAUGGUUCAGGAUUGAUGUCAUCGACUCCAAGAGAGAAGAUUCGCCGGUCGUUGAAUCUUUCUCUAAAUUCUGACCAAACUGUAGACUUACGUGACAGUCCAUUCAGUGUGCAAUCAUUUUAUGGAAAGACAUCACCAAGAACAUCCACUCGUAUUCAUAAUGAUUCGACUUUUUCUAAAAUCGCUGACGAAACAAAUCCGUUGAUUACAGACGAUGAAUCUUUUGAAUUGAGUGGCAUCAAGACUGUUGAACAAUCACAACAAGAUGUUGUGACAGAUAAACAGGAUUCAUUGAUUUCUGAAGACAGCAAUGAAAAUCUUAACAAUACGUAUGAACUUGCCGAGCCCCAAACACCAGGAUUGAAGAAGAAAAAGAACAAGAACAAGAAAGAAGAGGAAGAAACAUCUGGGAAUGAUACCUACGAAUUGGAUGAACCAAAAACACCCGCGUUGCGCAAAAAAAGAACUGCAGUAGAAACCAACAUUAUUGCUGCUGAUGUUGCUGAUGAAAAAGGAGCAAAACGAGCCUGUCGAGUAAGAUUUGCCAGUCCAUCUGUAAAUUCAAUUUCCGCUGUUACUGAGAAAACUAAAGAUACAGCUACAAGAACAGCUACUCCUGGUAAAGCAACAUUGAAAAAAACUGGUUUUGUGACGAUCCGUAAUCCAACUAAAACAAAUAAAAUUUCACCUAGAAGAAGAUCAAGUUCUCUAUCGAAUCUACCAAGACCAAAACCUAGUGCCAAGAAACGCUCGCUUUCGACGAUUGAUUUGUCCAGGUCCGCUCAAAAAGCAUUACAGAAUGAAUCAGUUAAUAGGCUAAGCAGAGCUAGACAUUCAGUGCAAUCGGAUAAAAAAUCUGAAGUAAAACCAAUGUCUGCUAGAAAAGUACCAAACUUUGCUCAAAUACAUCAGAAAAAAUUUGAGCAAAUGGAAUCUGUUGUAGAUGCCAAGAAAAGAGUUGAAACUCGUCACAAUACCUUGACAAAUAAUCUUCAAGUAGCAUCUACAAGUGUUUCUAAGCUAGUAACACCCAAUACUCUGAAAACGGCAGGUAGGCAGAUAAAAGUACCAGCUGCUUCAGACAAAGGUGUUAGUCCAGGUGAUACCGUUAAUGGUGUAUUCAAUAGAUUUGGGUAUAAAGUAAGGAAGGAAGAAGCUACUAAAAUAGUCAAUAAAAAAUUGCCGACUAAAACUAGUGAAGAGAAAAAAACAGAGAAGCGGACGAUACUGAAAGGAGUAAGAUCUAACCGGAGAUUCGAAAUGCUAAUGAAUCUCCGCAGAAUGAAUCAGUAA